UGAAUUUUUAAAUUCAAAUUUUGCUUUUAUUUAAACCAUGAGAAUAUCAUUUAACUAAAAACAAAAAACUCCACAAUGCUAUCCUGUCCAGAUAAUUUACAAAAUCAAAUCCAACUCCAACCAAACUCACCACCCAACCAUUGUACAGUCAGUGGAGGAAGAAAUCCAAUUGAAAAACAUCAAUACAUCUUCGAAAAAAAAUAUAAAUAUUCCAAAGCACCCGGCUGGACACUUCCGCCAGUCGAUGAGUUAUUCAAAGAGUUUUAUCAAUUCGAUAAUCUGCAACAACUUAAACAUGAUUUGAAUGCAACAAAAAGUAAAUUGAAUGACUACGUUCUGGAAGAUUGGAGUGUUCAUACGAGAAAGAAGGAUCCAUCGGGAGAGAUUCCAUGGAAACUCAAGAAUGACAUUCAAGCUGAAUUCGUAACAGUUGCAUGGUGCAAAUUGUUUGAAUGUUUGCAUCAAUACAAAAUGGUCAAAGAUGGCAAAUUGAAUAGCUUGCAUUUGUGUGAGGCGCCAGGAGCAUUUAUAGCAGCAUUGAAUCAUUAUUUGCAUUCUACUUUUGAUGAGGUACAAUGGCAAUGGCUAUCAACAACACUCAAUCCAUACUACGAAGGAAACCCACUCAACAAAAUGAUAAUCGACGAUCGUUUCAUGCUUCACACCCUCGAUCGUUGGCUCUUUCACAAAGAUUUCAGUGGAAACAUUCUGGAUUGUGAAAAUAUCAAACAUAUGGCCAAAGAAUGCAAAGAAAGACUUGGUGACGUUCAUUUAAUCACAGCUGAUGGUUCAAUUGAUUGCAUCGAAACACCAGAUAAUCAAGAAGAGCUUGUUUCUAAUUUGCAUUUUGCUGAGCUUUGUGCUGCUCUUCUUAUCCUCGCCAAAGGAGGAAGUUUUCUGCUAAAAAUGUUUACACUCUUCGAAGCGGCCAGUGUCAAUGUUGUAUUCUUUUUAAAUUGCAUAUUCGAAGAAGUGAGUGUCUUUAAGCCUGGUACUUCGAAACGAGGUAAUUCCGAGUUGUAUCUUGUUUGUUUAAACUAUCUUAAACCAGACAAUAUUGGGGACUAUCUUGAUGCAAUGUUGGAUAAAUUGGCAACCAACAAUAUUUUCCCACUAUUUCCGAAGAAAUACAUUCCAUUGGAUUUUUAUAUUCAACACGAAGUAUGUAACCGUAAAUUUAUGUUUGAACAAAUGCAAGCCAUCGAAUCGAAUAUCUAUUCGUAUGAACUCAAAUCAAAAUGGGAAAACAAAAAAUCCCACGAGCUGAGAUCUCAGGUUUGUCAGUUAUUUUUUGAGCGAUUCAAAGUACAACCACUCAAACCGGAACAGAAAAUCUUACAAAAUCCCCGUAGUAAAAUUGAAUAUGGCAUAAAAACUCAGAUUUAUCGUGGUUCUCAUAACAAACGAAUAUGCAUUAAGAAUCUCUCCACCGAAGAGCAGCUAUUUCAUCUUCGAAAAGCAUUCAAUGAAAUUGAGAAAGUAAUUUUAUGGCAAUAUGACGAUAUAGGUUGCCUAAUAGGAUCGCCAGAAGAAAAACUGCCUUUAAAAGUAUUUCGAGGAAAACCUUUGCAAGAAUUGGGAAGUAGUCUUUUUGCAAAUAUGGAAAUUCUUUUUCUUCGACAAAAGAUUGUUACUCUCUACAAUGUAGAUCCAGUUGUGGUGGGAAAUCCAGUUUGUAUUUUAGGGUCGACUGAUAAUCCAAAUUUAUGGUCAUCUAAAGUUGAUAGUCAACGGACUAAAUUUGAAGGUCAACACCAGAGGGAAUUUUAUUCCGAGAUACUCCAAAAAAUCAUCGAUACUCAACCAAAAAAAAUUACAUUCAAAAAUGUAUUAUUUCUGACUCAUUAUUCUGUUUCUAUUUUACGUUAUUUGACUGCGAAUAUGCAUGCUAAAUGUAGAAUUUCUGGAAAUCGAGAAAUCACAAUUGAAAUAUCAGAUAACACUAUAGAAACCACCGAAAGUAUUCGAGAUCUGCAUAAGACAUUAAUUGAAAAUCCAGACAUUUUAUGUUUUGUUGAUAUUGUGCAUUUACAUCGAAAUGAAUUUUUCAAAGUUAUUUCUGAUUAUAAUAAUCAACUGUUGCUUUUUAAUAUCAAAACUUUGCUUGGAACUGAAUAAGAUUAUGAUAGGAAUCGAAGCCCAUUGCGAUUAAAUUGAACUUAAGGCCAAUGAAGAUAUUCAUUUAGAAUUAAUUUGAAUUUUUUAACAAUUUUAUUUGUUAGUUACUAAUUUAAUUAUGUAUUACAGACAAUUAUUUUAUAUAUGAAUUAAAACGUUAUAUGUACUUGAAAACUAAAAA